AGCUUCCGACCAAGGCAGACGACGCUGUUGUCGCAUCGCAAAAGCAACCCAUAGCAAGAGAAGAACCUAGUUACCGCUAACCAUGCGUAGUUACACUUUCAAGUGGCCACACGACGCCGAAGAGGUGUACGUUACCGGCACCUUCGACGAUUGGACCAAGAGCGAGCGCCUCGAACGUGUCGGACAGGUGUUCCAGAAGACGGUGACAUUCCCCGACUCUGUCGACAAAGUGCUUUACAAGUUUGUUGUCGACGGCAGCUGGACCACCGAUCACACUGCGCCUCAAGAGAAAGACCAAGAGGGAAACGACAACAACGUCCUGUUAGCCGAACAGAUGGAUAAACUAGAAGAAGCUUCUCAGGCUGCGGCCAUCAACAACCUUGUUCCCGAGUUUACAACAGCUCAGUUGGCCGGCACAGUUCCCCUGGAAACCAACAAGGAGGGGGAGAAACAGAAAGACGAAAAGGAUGAGGGGCAGGUUGCCACCUCGGGCGCUGCUAUCCUCAGCUCCGCCGCCCCUGAAUCUACCACCGCGCAGUUGGCUGCCGAGGUGCCACGAGAGGAGAAGAAGGAGAAAGACAUUCCUCCCGGCGGCUUCCCCGAGACUCCUGCGACCGAGCUUGAGAAGGAGGUGAAGGUCGAACCCCUCCCUGCUGCCGAGGGCGCCAUCAAUCCCAUCAAGCUCGAGCCUGGCGAGGAGGUCCCGAAGGACAUCACGGCCGGCGCCGCUGUCGACAGCCACGUCACCCUCGACAAGGAUUCGUACGAAAAGAGUGACCGCAUUCCGGGCAUUGAAACCACGCUUCCGUCUGUUUCUGGCAACAUAAUCCCUGAGUCGAGCUUGCCAGUCGCCGCCCCCGACGUUGCUACAAUUAGUACGGUCACACCUGAGUCAACCACCGCCAAAUUGGCUGGCGAUGUUCCCUUGGAGCCCAAGGUGCCCGAAGUUGUGAAGAAGAGCCAGGAGGAGGCCAAGGUCGAGCCCGAAGCCAGUGCCAACAGCGAGGAGGUGAAGGAGAAGGCAGCCGUUGAGGAAGAGCUCCUGAACAAGGUUGCCGAGGCUCCCUCUACCUCCGAGGGCACUGCCGGAAAGGGCACCGAGAAGGCCGAGACCGACAAAACGGCGCCUGAGAACGUGGUCGCUGCUGCUACCACGGCUAGCGAGGUGGCAUUGGGUGCUGCGAUCACGGCUGCCGGGGCGGCGAUACCCCUUGCAUCCGAUGCUGCGGCCAAGGCGAGCGAUGUUGCUGCUGAUGUUGCCUCCAAGGCCGCAGCUGCUCCGGGGGCGGCCCAAGCCCAGGAGGAGGAGAAACAGAAGACUGCUAUUGACAGUGUCUCUCCCGAAGUCCCGACUGAGGUCAAGGAAUCCCUCAGGGAGGCAGGUGAGAGUCCCGAGGCCGCUGUUAACACCGCCGCCGUGGUUGAGAAGAAGGAGUACGAGGCCGAGCUCCUGGAGAAGGUGGAGCCGGCAAAGGCUGUUGACGAGUCGUCCACCAAGGUCGCCGAGGGAGAGGAUGUCGCCAGUACCGAGGGGGCCAAGGCUAUUAUUGCGCAGGCGGAGGCAGAGGAGUCCCUUCCAAAGCCCAUAGAGGAGCCCGCAUCUGCCGAGGCCCCUCAAGCUGAAACAGAACCAAAGCCGGCCGAGGAGGCAACUGCUCUCGCAGUAGAGCCACCCCAACCUACCGAGGCGGUCAAGACUGUUGAUGAGGCCAAGUCCACGGAGACACCAAAGCCCGCCGAGGAGGAGAAGCCUAGCGACAUCAAGCUCGCCGAGGGCAUCGCGCCUGCGGUGACUGCCACGGCCGUGGAGCCGCCGAAACCAGCCGAGGCCGUCAAGGCAGUCGACGUGGCCGAGCCCGCAGAGGCAACGAAGGCUGCCGACGAGCCCAAGGCUGCCGAACCGGCCGUGACGACUGAGCCUGCCAAGACUGCUGAUGAGCCGAAGCCCGUUGAAACUCCGGCGGCUACAGAAGGGCCUGCGGCUGUCGAGGCGGCAGAGCCCGCGGCAGAGCACGCUGCCGCGACGGAGCCGGCUGCACCAACGACUGAGGCGGCCGCGACAACCAAGGUUGACGAUGCGAAACCGGUGACGAACGGCUCUACGACCGACACGCCUGCCUCUAAAGCCACCGACGGGGCCACAGAUAAGGCUACAUCUGACAAGAAGAAGAAGCACAGGAUCAGCGGCUUCUUUAGCAAGCUGAAGAGCAAAUUUGCUUAAGCAGGCAUUGCUGUGUUCUCGAGGCUGCUCAUCCUGUUGUGGCGGCCUGAUCGAGCCCUCAAGCAGGGUUCAAUGAGGGUGAUGUUUCUCUCGCUAUGAAUAG